CUAGUUGUGGCAGUGGCGGUGCGUCAAAGGCGUCUUCAUCGAUGGGCUGCUGGUCUGCGUCUUGCGCUUCUUGAGCGUCUGGCGCUUCGUAAGCGUCCUGCCCAUGUGUGUCGCCAUUUCCUUCCCCCUCUCGAAUCGGUAGGAAGUAUGGAUUGACACCCUUCUGUACAUUGAACAUAUGUUCAAAGAAGGUGGCUGUGUUUGUGACCUUUAUUUGUCUUUUAGACGGUAUCCAGAAGAGGUAUCCGUCCUUCAUCUGUGGAUGAUAGCCAACGAAGAUCGCUGCGUCACACUUGGGACUGAACUUCGUGGCUCGCUCAUGCUUCCGCACAAACGGGUAGGCUAAACAUCCAAACACACGCAGUUUGCGCAGGUCAGGUUUGAAGUUCUUCCACAUCUCAUAUGGUGUUGUGUUCCCUUUGUUGGUUCUGCAGGGACAUCGAUUGCGCACAUAGGCGGCUGCUUGCACAGCCCACGGCCAGAAGCCCCGCGGCAGAUUCGCCGUCACGAGCAUCGAUGUUGCCGUGUUGUUCAGCGUUUGUAUCAUCCUCUCGGCCACGCCAUUCUGCUGAUGGACGUGCGGGACGCUGAACGACUUGGCGAUUCCGAACUGGGCGGCUGCAUGGAGCAGAUUGCCUUCAGCCAGCUCUAUGGCUCCGUCACAUCUCAGCUCCUCGAUGUGUCCGACCUCCGCGAUGUAUCGUCUCAGGCCUGUGCCUGCAUCGCGUCGACGCUUAAGAGGUAUCACAGACACACGACGUGAGUAAUCGUCCACGAAGACCAU